AUGGAAGAGGCUUUGAAGAGAGCCGACUAUGAAGAUUACGAAUCGAACAUCACCGACUGCACAUAUAUCGGUACCGAACAUGUGGAGGUGAAGAUCUACUUGAUCGGCGUCUUUGCAACAUUCAUUGCCAUUCUCUCUAUUAUAUUUAAUACAUUCUUUACUCUAGUAUUUCUACUGAAUCAAUCGAUAAGAAAAUCGUCAGUUUUUUAUUUUGGAAUAUUGGCUGUGAUUGAUACGGUCAUGGCAGUGAACUACAUUGCAGUAAUGUCAAUUCCGGUGUACAUGGACUACUACCACUUCUUGCCGAUCUAUCACCUUUUUCUCUCCUACUUUCGUCUUAUCCUCACAGAAAGCAACUGCGCAAUGUUUUCUUCAAUGCUCCUUAUUGUGUUGGCCACCACAGAACGUUUGCUGAGGACAUUUCACGGUGGAACAAUUCUGAAGGCACGAAAGUUCCUCGAAAAGAAUCGACCUACUGUUUGCGCAGUCUGCAUUCUCGUAGCAGUCGCGUAUAAAAUUUGCAACUAUUGGGAAAUCGACGUGCAAUGGAAGCCAACUUGCGAAGAAGGAUGGGGCCAGUACGAAAUCAUUCCGGGCCCACUCACUGCGUAUCAUAACUACCGCUUCUGGUGGAUGUUUAUCACACGCAAUGCACUUGAUCGCAUAUUGCCCUUUUUCGUGCUGGUCGCUAUGAACUACUUAAUUAUAAAGGCCUUGAAGAAGGAAUAUGUCCGGCAGAGUAUCGAAGCAAAGCCUUCAGUGGUGGACAAAAAACCGGGAUCGCGCGCUCAACGCGGCAAUUUGAGGGAUGCGACGAGAGCUCUAAUAAGCGUAGUUUCAAUGUACCUUAUGUCGCAGUCAUUACAGGUUGUGCUCACUUUCUGGGAGACAUUUGAUCGAGAAAGUCUCGAAGCAGAAGGGCUAAACGUGGUCUAUUCCUACCUGAACGACAUCGUCAGUAUACUCACACUGCUAUCAAGUUGCCUUCGAUUCCCCGUCUACUGCUCCUGUAAUCGGCUCAUCUCAUCCGCAUCUUCUAGCACUCUAGCACAACUCAAACACAUUUGCAUCAAGGAAAAGAAGACAACUCAACAGUACACUCCCAUUACGAGUUGUCACUGUCCAGUCCAAAAGGAAGGUGUCCGGACUUUUAUGUACAAUCCAAUGGAAACGGUGGGCCAAUCGGCACCUGAAAUCGCUAAAACCACAGGCGCAGUGUACGAUGAUGUUCUCAAAGAGUGGCAAUUAUGA